CUCAGUCAGUCGCGAUUGUUAUCAGGUGCACGUUGGUUAUUUUUUUAUUCCGUGCACCCGUGACCGGAGUGUAGUGACAGCAGUGUAUGUGCGAUGCCCGGACGGUGAUCGAAGCAUGGUGAACUACGUUAACCCGCUCGCCAUGUACCAAGGCAAAGGCGGGCAGUACGGUGCGAGUGGCUGGUACGGUUGGCAACCACAGAACUUUGAGGAGCAGCAAUGGUGCGCGUGGAACGGGGCGCCGGCCGGGGGUGAAUGGGUGCCGGAUCCUCACCAUUUUCCGAAACGGGAACCGGGGGAACGAGAGAUCGGGGAGAUGCCGUCGCCGGCGAGAGGGGACCUCGCGAGCCCCGGCGAAGGAUCGCCUGGCUCGAGGCCCUCACAGCCGCCCGCAGCGCCUAGAUCGCCUUAUGAGUGGAUGAAAAAACCCAACUAUCAAACACAAACGACGCCAGGUAAAACAAGAACGAAGGACAAGUACCGGGUUGUGUACAGCGACCACCAGCGGCUGGAGCUGGAGAAGGAGUUCCACUACAGCCGGUACAUCACGAUCCGGCGGAAGGCCGAGCUGGCCGCCAGCCUGGGGCUGUCGGAACGACAGGUAAAAAUCUGGUUCCAAAACCGACGAGCCAAAGAGCGCAAACAGGUAAAGAAACGGGAGGAGGUCGUGAUGAAAGAGAAGGGGGAUCACGCGUCGCUCCAGCACGCGCAGCUUCACCACGCCACCAUGCUGCACCACCAGCAGAUGAUGAACGGCAUGAUGCACCACCACCACUACCACCAAGGCGUGCUGCAGGAGCCGCUCAUGCCCGGCGUCCCCCCCGUGCCGCUCCUGUGACCCCACGACGACUGUGCUCACUACGACUACACCUAGUGACUUGUGACGAUUGACUGUGAAUCACAAUUUUCUCUUCGCCAUGAUCUUUUGUAUUGUGAUAAAUUAAGUGCAAUGCUCUUGCGGGAAUUAUUAUAGUUAUGCCAGUAGGCAUGUUUGUAAAUCAUUAAUCGAAAUGCCUUUUUAGAUGUAAGUUUUCACGCUUUAACAACCAGGAGCCUAGAGCUUCGUCAGUUACGUUUGAACACGGGUUCUUUUUCCAGUGAGGAAUCCAUUUUAAUCAGUGACAUAAGUUAUUUGUACCCUAUGGUUAGAGAAACCGUAUUCAAAUAUGAAUACCUCUUGUUGGUUUGUACUCAGAUCCUCAUUCACGCCUCUAAGGUGUUUAUGGUCUGCCUACGCGCGAGACUUCAGUGCGGAUUAUUAUAUAAGAAUUGUAUGUAUAUCUUACCUCUUUCAAUAUUGAAAGAUAUAAAAAAUUGUAAAUAUAGAUGCCUAUAUUUUUUUAUUACAUAGUAUUAAUUUUUAUAAUCAUUUCUCAAAGCUACAACUGUUAACCGCGUGGUAGUUGAGAUUAUUAAUUAUGUUCGUUUUAUUUAAUUGUUUUAGUUACAAGUUAUUGCCAUUUCACUAUCUUGGAUCAUUUAUGAUAGGUAUGAAAUCAUUGUAUUAAGUGAAAUUUAAUUUCAUCAUGAAUCUCUUUUAAGCUAUUUGUUAGGCCAGUACGACAGAGUUGGUAUCUAUAAAAGGACGGGGAUACGGAGGAAGGAUUUGGUGGGACAAUCCAGUCGGCCGACUGCAGACAAGUAAAGUGUAAGGGUUCGGGGCUCUUGAACGAGGACAUUGUCUUUAAGCCUUUAACUCUUACACUCUUGUUGUGUUUUGACGGUAUGCGCAUUUGUGUCAUCGGUGCACUUAUCCCAACCCAACUGACCUUGCCUUCUUUUAUGCUGCAUUUUUAGCCUUGAGUGGGUUGAGGUCACACUUUUGUAAGUCUGUUUGGAUUGUUCAGUCGCCAUCAGAUAUAUCGGAGCGGCCAAGGUGCUCACAAAUGUCUGAACACGCCUCUAUUGUCAAGGCGUUAGUAUCGGAAUAUAUUUGAUGGCGACUGUUCAUAAUUAGCGUACAAUUUGUACGAACGAAUUUUAUUCAGUAGGUAAUUAAAACAUCUUAUAGAGGGAUUGCCUUGACAAGGGCUAAGUUUGCGGACUACUUUUAAGUUCAAUGAGAUUAUUCUUAGACGUAAAUUGUUCUGUAAAUAUAGUGUAAGUACAUUAGAUUAACUGUAUACGUAUGCUAAUUUCAUAACUUAUCAAAUAAUAAGAAAAUCUUAAUGGAAAUUAUGGUGAAUCGUUGGUAAUUAUUGCGACAAUUUUCAGUUUAAAUCAGUAACUUCUUAAGUUUCCAUAUUAGCAAUAGGCGUUUUGUUUUGGACGGGUUCAAUCAAAAAUGAACAAUCGAUAAUUUAUUUGAAUCAGUGAUUUGUUUGAAAACAGCCCAGUGAAUGGCUUGUAUAGUUUGUGCUUGUUGUAUUGGAGUUGUUGUAUUGAUGUUUGGAAGUUGUUUGUGACACAAGAAUUGUUAGUAUGUACGCACCACUAUCACAACACGUUUGAUAAGCUAAAUAAAUUCAUGUUAAUCUA